AAUAUCCCUCGUUACCAAUUAAUUCUAUCAUUAACAGAGGGAAGGAGAAAGAGAGAGAGAGAGAGGAACACAGCUAUCAUGGUGAACUUAGUAGCAGCACAGAAGCCAUUACUUCAUUGGCUAAUGAAGCUGGCCGGGGUGACCCCUCACGCGGUGGAGAUAGAGCCCGGAACAGUAAUGAACUUUUGGGUCCCGAACGAGACCAUUACCAAGAAAGGAGAAAAGCCCAAGCCCAAUUCAAAGCCCAAAGAAACUAAGCCCGUGGUGGUGCUGGUGCAUGGUUUCGCCGCCGAGGGCAUCGUGACGUGGCAGUUCCAGCUCGGAGCUCUGACCAAGAAGUACUCCGUUUACGUACCUGAUCUUCUCUUCUUCGGUGGGUCGGUAUCCGAUAAGACGGACCGGUCGCCGAGUUUCCAGGCGGAGUGUUUGGCUACGGGGUUGAGGAAGCUCGGGGUGGAGAAGUGUGUUGUGGUUGGGUUCAGUUAUGGGGGGAUGGUGUCGUUUAAGCUGGCUGAGCUCUACCCGGAGCUGGUUGAGGCUAUGGUGAUUUCUGGGUCGAUCUUGGCCAUGACUUGUUCGGUGAGCGAAACGACAAUGGAAAGGCUUGGGUUUUCGUCGUCGUCGGAGCUUUUGUUGCCCACUUCUGUGAAGGGUCUCAAAGCUCUUUUAUCGGUCGCCGCUUAUAAAAAGCUCUGGUUUCCUGAUCGUCUACAUAAGGAUUAUCUUGAGGUGAUGUUCACCAAUAGAAAGGAGAGAUGUGAACUUCUUGAAGCUCUAGAAGUCAACAGCAAAGACCCUACCAUCCCCAAUUUUUCACAGAGAAUUCAUCUGUUGUGGGGAGAGAAUGAUGAGAUUUUCAAGCAAGAACUUGCCCAAAACAUGAAACAGCAACUAGGAGAGAAUACAACGUUUGAAGGUAUAGAGAAGGCAGGUCACUUGGUUCACUUGGAGAGACCUUGCGUCUACAAUAAAUGUAUCAAAGAAUUUCUUACUACGGUCUAUAAGGAGACCUGAAUCACCUGAUCGACCAUAUAUAUAUAUAUAUAUAUAUAUAUAUCUUUAUGGUGGGAUGAUGGAGAAGAAAUGAAGAUUUUAUUGUUCUUAUUGAAAUUUGAAUGAAUUAUAUUAUCUUUAUGAUUUGUGUAUGUCACAUUUUAUAGCAAAUACAAUCCAAUAUCGAUCAUCACUGUUGAAAAUCAGUUUGAUUUUUUACUAUAA